GAUAUUCGAGAGAGAUAGAUGAUACAGUAAUUUAAGUUAGACUAUAGUAAUUACCUUUUAAAACCUUAUUUCCCAUUGUGAUUAUGUUUAAACAUGAAUGAAUAAUAUUGCAUUGCUGUUUAAUCAAUGUAAAAUUAAAUUAUAAAUAUAUUAACCUAUGUAUACGUAUAUAGACGCAUAAAGGUGAAUUUAAUUAUACAAACAUCUAGGUAUGUGGUUAGUCUAGUAUAAUUAAUGUACCUACUAUAAGUCAGAUGUCAUGCCUACCAGGAAAUUCCGAAAGAAACUACAUUUAAAAAUGCUGGUUCUAUCUUUAAGUUUACUCUUAGUUCUUCGUACAAUCAUGACGAAUAUUAUAAAAAAAUAUGUAAUGAAAUUAUUAGAAAACGUGUGAGGAUUGCCUGUACGUAUAUCUUUUUUUUAUUACUCAUAGAUAUUAGACACAUUAGGAAAGACUGCUGACAUGCUGAUGUUUCAACUUAUGGAAACUGUCUGGUAACUAUCAGAAAAUUUCUACUAGUUGAUAACCGUCAGUAAUUUUAAGACUAGGAAUUUUUAUUAUUAUUACUAUUACAAGAUAGGUUUACGCUUGAUUUUACGUGUGACGUGUGAUAGGUGAUGAUAACAUCUUGGAUGAAGCGCUGUUUUAUACGCACUGUUUGAUAUAUGUUGUUUUUCUCAUUACACUUUUUAGGGGCAUCGAACUUUUAAGCGUGUGGUCCUUUGCGUUGGAGGUGGCGUCGGUUAUCCUUGCAAAACGUAUGUAUUGUUAAUCAUGAAUUUAAAGAAAUUAUAUCGUCUGCAAGAGAUUUAAUCAGUAAUAAUUAAUGAUGAUGAUGAUCAUCAUCAUAUCAGCUUUUAACUGUCCACUGCUGAACAUAAGUCUCUCCCUUGGGAGGAGGGGGGUGGGGUUUGCCAGUAGUUGUUACGCUCGGCAGGCGGAUUGGCAAUUACAGUCAGGUUUUAGAGAUGUUUUAAAAGGGACGCUGCUGCUCAUUCCCUGCCCUCCCUUAAUCGACUUUUACGUCCCCCACGGGAAAGGAAGAGGUGACCUAUUGUAUUGCCGGGACCACACGGCCAAUUCGAUGGAAAUCAAAAAUAACAACAAAAACCUUUUGUCUAAUAGGCAUUAGAACGUGAGUUGAUAGAGCUGACAAUAUUGUUGUAACGGAUUAGUAGACAAGUAACAUUCCAUGAGCGGAUUAACGAAUAGCGCAUAAUAUACCAAUGGGAUUUUAAUAUAAGUUUUCGCAAACUCACGUGGCUUAAGCUCGUAAGUUUGUUGGUGCUUUUAUAAUUUGAUACGUCAUUAAUAAUCACUCAAUGAUUUAAAAAGAAAGCAAGUGAGCAAUUGCAUGAAGAUACUUUUAAUUUUCCGAUAUUGUUGAUGGCAUUAACCUUAACAAAAAUCAUAAUUUAAAAUUAUGCAUCAGUGCCUACAUAUUUUUAUAUUUUGAGGACAAAGUCGUGCCAUGCCGCGAUAUAGCAAAUUUUCAAAGCGCUUUGUGUCGUACCUCUGCAAUUUGCACUUUUCCAAGAGAAUGUUACUUUGUCUACCUACAGAGCUAGUACAGUCACGCUCAGUGGACGUACAGCUCGCAGCGUACAAUCGUACAGUGUCUGUGUGUAGUUGUGACCUGAACUGUACUGUCUGACAGUGAGUGCGCGGCGACCGCCUCGACCGCACGAGCGCGCACCAUGCGCAGCGACACAGCCCCGCGGGUGCACCAUACGGAUACAUAUUACAAUACUGUGAAGUGAUAAACACUGCCAGGAUUUACUCGACUCUACCACCACAGCUGCUGUAAGACUAGUCUAAAAUGGCGACGGCCGGAGGGAAGCGUCGCGAUGAGGGCAGCGACAACUCGGAUGACGAGCUCACACCCUUGGCAAACGAGAUUUACGGUGGCAGCCAAAGAACAGUGCACGAAACAAAAGGAUGGGACGUGUUCCGAGAGUUCCCGCCGAAGCAGGACAGUGGGUCGAUGGAAAGUCAGAAAUGUCUGGAGUUCACUGUACGGCUGCUCAAGGUGCUGGCGUAUCUCGUCACCUUCGUCGUAGUAUUGGGCUCCGGAGUCAUUGCAAAAGGCACCGUGCUCUUUAUGACCUCGCAGCUAAAAAAAGAUAGGCGAAUAACUUUUUGUAAUAAAAAUUUAGGUAGAGAUAAACAAUUUUUAGUCAGCCUGCCAGAUGAAGAACGAGUGGCAUGGAUGUGGGCUCUACUCGCGGCAUAUGCUAUUCCUGAAAUAGGAACGUUGAUACGAUCUGUGAGAAUUUGCUUCUUCAAAUCAUCAAAACGUCCUACAAGCGCACAGUUUAUUGUAGUGUUUAUAGCAGAAUCUCUUCACACUAUAGGAAUGGCAAUAUUAUUCUUCAAAAUCCUCCCUGAAAUAGAUGUGGUAAAAGGCGCAAUGUUAACAAAUUGUCUUUGUAUUGUUCCUGCUAUCCUGGGACUUUUGUCGCGUAAUUCAAGAGAUUCAAAACGAUUUGUAAAAGUAAUUGUAGAUAUGGUAGCCAUAGUUGCGCAAGUUACUGGCUUCCUUGUGUGGCCCUUAUCAGAAAAUAAACCAGUAUUAUGGUUAAUACCUGUGGCUUCAUUAUGCAUAUCACUGGGCUGGUGGGAGAACUAUGUUACACGACAAAGUCCAAUCGGUAUCAUCAAAAGUCUAGGAAGAAUAAAAGAAGAACUGAAUCUCUCACGGUACUUCAUCUACAGAUUUAUGUCAGUAUGGAAGAUAAUGCUGUUCCUUGUUUGCAUUUUAUUCGCUAUAUGGAUAGACGGCGACGAACCUGCUAUGUUUUUCCAACUAUUUAACGCAGGAUUUGGACCACAUAACAUUGUUGUUGAAGAGGUUCAAAUUCAACUCGGGGGUACCGUAAUACCGGACCUGGCAAAUGUGACUUUAACGGGAGAUUCCGUGGAAAUUGCAGCAGCACAUAAAUCAGCGUUUUACGUAUUACUCAUUCAAGUGUUUGCAGCCUACUUCUGUUACAUUUUUGGGAAAUUUGCUUGCAAGAUUUUGAUUCAAGGAUUCAGUUAUGCUUUUCCUAUCAAUUUAGUGAUACCAUUGGUGGUAAAUUUUUUAAUCGCAGCAUGCGGUAUUAGGAACGGCGAUAACUGCUUCUUCCACGGAACUGUACCAGAUUACCUCUUCUUUGAAAGUCCUCCAGUCUUCACACUUAGCGAUUUCAUAUCUCGACAAAUGGCAUGGAUUUGGCUGCUAUGGUUGCUGUCACAGACUUGGAUCACAAUACACAUAUGGACUCCAAAAGCCGAACGUCUGGCAUCAACUGAAAAGUUAUUCGUCUUACCUAUGUACAAUGGAUUGCUUAUAGAUCAAAGUAUGGCGUUGAACAGAAAACGAGAUGAUCACAAAGAUGUUAAGACUGAGGAUCUUGCUGAAAUUGAAAAAGAGAAAGGAGACGAAUACUAUGAGACUAUAUCAGUUCACACAGACAACACCGGUUCCACUCCUAAAACAGUGAAGUCGUCUGAUCAAAUUACCAGAAUAUAUGCAUGCGCUACUAUGUGGCAUGAAACUAAAGAUGAGAUGAUGGAGUUCUUGAAGUCUAUCCUUCGAUUAGAUGAAGAUCAAUGUGCUCGCCGUGUCGCUCAGAAGUAUCUUCGUGUGGUAGACCCCGAUUAUUAUGAAUUCGAAACACAUAUCUUUCUGGACGACGCUUUUGAAAUAUCAGAUCACAGUGACGACGAUUCUCAAGUGAAUCGUUUCGUUAAACUUCUAGUGGACACUAUCGACGAAGCUGCCUCUGAAGUACAUCAGACCAUAAUUCGUAUUCGACCUCCGAAGAAAUAUCCUGCACCAUAUGGAGGACGAUUAACCUGGGUUUUACCAGGAAAAACCAAAAUGAUUUGUCAUCUUAAAGAUAAAGCAAAAAUUCGUCACAGAAAACGUUGGUCUCAGGUGAUGUAUAUGUACUAUUUAUUGGGCCACCGUUUGAUGGAGCUUCCAAUAUCUGUGGAUAGGAAGGAAGUGAUGGCAGAGAACACGUACUUACUCACACUUGAUGGAGACAUUGAUUUCCAACCACACGCUGUAAGACUGCUUAUUGAUUUGAUGAAGAAAAACAAGAAUUUGGGUGCUGCUUGCGGUCGUAUUCACCCCGUUGGCUCAGGUCCGAUGGUAUGGUAUCAAAUGUUUGAAUAUGCUAUUGGUCAUUGGCUGCAAAAAGCGACGGAACACAUGAUUGGAUGCGUGCUUUGUAGUCCUGGGUGUUUUUCUCUAUUCAGAGGAAAGGCUUUGAUGGAUGAUAACGUUAUGAAAAAAUAUACUUUGCGAUCAGACGAAGCUCGACAUUACGUACAAUACGAUCAAGGAGAAGAUCGUUGGUUAUGUACGCUUCUACUGCAACGUGGCUAUCGUGUAGAAUAUUCAGCUGCUUCAGACGCAUACACUCACUGUCCUGAAGGUUUCAGCGAAUUUUAUAAUCAGCGUCGUCGUUGGGUACCAUCGACUAUUGCUAAUAUUAUGGAUUUGCUUAUGGAUUACAAGCAUACGAUCAAAAUUAAUGACAAUAUCUCGACACCAUAUAUUGCAUAUCAGAUGAUGUUGAUGGGCGGUACAAUCCUGGGCCCCGGCACUAUAUUCCUUAUGUUAGUGGGUGCUUUCGUGGCGGCUUUUCGAAUUGACAACUGGACUUCCUUCGAGUAUAAUUUAUACCCUAUUUUGAUUUUUAUGUUCGUUUGCUUCACGAUGAAAUCCGAAAUUCAGUUGUUGGUGGCACAAAUAUUAUCUACAGCAUAUGCUAUGAUAAUGAUGGCUGUGAUUGUUGGUACUGCGCUACAAUUAGGCGAGGACGGCAUCGGUUCUCCUUCAGCUAUUUUCUUGAUAGCUCUCUCCAGUUCAUUUUUCAUAGCGGCAUGUUUGCAUCCGCAAGAAUUUUGGUGUAUUGUACCGGGUAUUAUUUAUCUUCUAUCUAUACCUUCUAUGUAUUUGCUGUUGAUUUUGUAUUCUGUUAUCAACUUAAAUGUUGUAUCAUGGGGUACUCGAGAAGUACAGACAAAGAAAACUAAGAAGGAAAUAGAACAAGAAAAGAAAGAAGCUGAGGAAGCAAAGAAAAAAGCUAAACAGAAAUCAUUGCUUGGUUUCUUAUCUGGAGUAAACAGUAACGAGGAAGAAGGAUCUAUUGAGUUUUCAUUUGCUGGUCUCUUUAAAUGUUUAUUGUGCACUCAUCCGAAAGGAAAUGAAGAAAAGGUACAGUUAUUACAUAUAGCAUCCACGCUAGAGAAGUUGGAGAAAAAAAUGGAUAUCGUUGAAAGGUCGAUUGAUCCGCAUGGGUUGAAUAGAGGCCGGAAAUUAUCAGUGGGUCACCGCGGUAGUACUAAUGGAGAUCAUCAAUUGGAUGCUCUCGCCGAAGGUCCAGAAGAAGAACACGAUUCUGAUUCUGAAACGGAUACGCUUUCUACUGUUCCGAGAGAAAGGAGAGAUGAUCUUAUAAACCCUUAUUGGAUUGAAGACCCAGAAUUGAAAAAAGGAGAAGUGGAUUUCUUGAGUCCAGCUGAAUUACAGUUUUGGAAAGAUCUUAUCGACAAAUAUUUAUAUCCUAUCGAUGCAAAUAAGGAUGAACAGGCCCGUAUUUCGAGGGAUUUGAAAGAAUUGAGAGAUUCAUCUGUUUUUUCGUUCUUUAUGUGCAAUGCCCUCUUUGUACUUAUUGUAUUCUUGCUACAACUGAACAAGGACAACAUUCACUUUAAAUGGCCCUUUGGAGUUAAAACUAAUAUAACUUAUGAUGAGGUUUCACAAGAGGUAUUAAUUACGAAAGAAUACUUGCAACUGGAACCAAUUGGUCUAGUAUUCGUGUUCUUCUUCGCUUUGAUUCUGGUUAUUCAGUUUACUGCAAUGUUGUUCCAUAGAUUUGGAACUCUUUCACAUAUUUUAUCAUCCACGGAAUUAAACUGGUUCUGCACGAAGAAGGCGGAAGAUCUUUCACAAGAUGCGUUGUUAGAUAAAAAUGCAAUAGCAAUAGUAAAAGAUUUACAAAAGUUGAAUGGUUUAGAUGAUGACUAUGACAACGAUUCUGGUUCUGGUCCCCACAAUGUUGGCAGACGGAAAACUAUCCAUAAUUUGGAAAAGGCAAGACAAAAGAAGAGGAAUAUAGGCACUCUUGAUGUAGCAUUCAAGAAGCGGUUCUUUAAUAUGAAUGCUAAUGAUGGGCCAGGCACUCCAGUAUUGAAUCGCAAGAUGACCUUACGGAGAGAAACACUUAAAGCUUUGGAGACUCGAAGAAACUCAGUGAUGGCAGAAAGAAGGAAGUCGCAAAUGCAAACAUUGGGUGCAAAUAAUGAAUAUGGUGUCACAGGAUUGAUCAACAAUAACCAUGGUGUACCACGGCAUCGAACGUCAAACGCGAAUAUUUCUGUAAAGGAUGUGUUUGCGGAACCAAAUGGAGGGCAAGUAAACCGAGGCUAUGAAACAACUUUGGGAGACGAAGACGAUAGCAACUCUAUGAGGCUUCAACCUAGGCAAAAUCAGGUUUCCUUCCAGGGAAGAUUUUAAUGCUGCAUCAAAUAGAUCAGAUCAAAUUUCCAAGAGUUGCCAAACUAUGUUUAGCAUCAAGUACCUAGCGUAAUCAAUGUAGAUACUCAUUUUACAUAUUGUAUAUUAGUUAUUAUGAUUUUUUUUAAAUAUCAUAUAUGCAUGUGAUAUUUCAAAAUUUCUGUGAUUCAGGCAGAUUAUUAUUGCAAAAUCACAAAGUACCAUUUAGAUAAUUUAUAGCUUUAUUGUAAAAUAGAACCUAAUAUUACACUGCCACUUAAUUUUAAUACUGUAUUUUUUUUAUAUUUUAUUUUAUACAUCAACAGUAAAAACUUUUAAAACUUGA